AUGUAUUCGUCUUUGCCGGUUUGUACAUUUACUAUCUAUCUAUCUAUCUAUCUAUCUAUCUGUCUAUCUAUCUAUCUAUCUAUUCUAUUCUAUUCUAUACCAGUGUUUCACAUCUAUCUAUCUAUCUAUCUAUCUAUCUAUCUAUCUAUCUGUCACAUUUAUUUCUCACUUUUCCAUGUGGAUUAUGAAUAUUUCCGAUGCAUUUAUCUAUGUCGAUUCUUUUUUAUAUUUAAUGCUCAUUUUUCCGUGUGGUUUAUCUAUAUUACUUAUGUAUUCGUCUUUUGCCGGUUUGUACAUUUACUAUCUAUCUAUCUAUCUAUCUAUCUAUCUAUCUAUUCUAUUCUAUUCUAUACCAGUGUUUCACAUCUAUCUAUCUAUCUAUCUAUCUAUCUAUCUAUCUAUCUAUCUAUCUGUCACAUUUAUUUCUCACUUUUCCAUGUGGAUUAUAUGAAUAUUUCCGAUGCAUUUAUCUAUGUCGAUUCAUUUUUUUCUAUCUAUGCGUAUAUCUAUCUAUCUUUCUAG